CCAACUGUGGAAUACUGUAGACUCGGCAGGAACUUCAUCCUCAUCGAUAAACGACCCUUGCCAUGAUUCUCCUCUUCCGUCAUGUGAACCCCGUCCGCCCCGGCCCGCCGUUGCGCUCGCUGUUCCACGCGUCUCGCAAUAUAAAACCCAGGACAACAUAUCCCGCCAUCCAUCUUCCCUCUCUUUCUCUCUCCACUACCGCACGCAGAGCAAUGGCCACCAUCACCCUCAAGAGGACAGGUGACAAGAUGCCCAUCGUGGGCCUUGGUCUCUGGAAGAUCCCCCGUCCUCAGUGCGCGGAUACCGUAUACAACGCUCUGAAGGCUGGUUACCGUCUUCUCGACGGUGCUGGAGACUAUGGAAAUGAGAAGGAGGCUGGUGAGGGCCUCGCUCGCGCCAUCAAGGACGGCAUCGUCAAGCGUGAGGAAGUCUUCGUCACCACGAAGCUUUGGAACACUUAUCACAAGAAGGAGCGCGUCCACGAGCUUGUCAAGUUUCAGCUGGGGCUCUGGGGCAUCGACUACUUCGACCUCUUCCUCAUCCACUUCCCUGUCGCCCUUCAGGAUGUCGCCAUCAAAGACAAGUACCCCCCUGAGUGGUGGGGUCUUGACGGCAAUGUUCAUCCUACAAAUAUCCCCAUUCGUGAAACCUGGGAGGGUAUGGAGGAAAUCUGCGAGCUAGGUCACGCCAAGAACAUCGGUGUCUCUAACUUCCAGGGCUCUAUCCUAAUUGACGUCCUGCGCUAUGCGCGCAUCCCGCCCGUCGUCAAUCAGGUCGAGCUUCACCCGUACCUCUCCCAGAAGAAGCUUGUCGCUCUCUGCAAGGAGCUUGGCGUCGCCGUUACUGCCUACUCUUCUCUUGGUCCGCAGGGCUACUAUGAGCUCGGAGUUGACACUGGCCAUCCCAGCUUGCUCAAGCACGAUGUUGUCACCUCGAUUGCGCAAGCCUCCGGGAAGACUCCAGCUCAGGUGAUCCUCCGCUGGGCCGUCCAGCAGGAUAUAGCUGUCAUCCCCAAGUCUAACAGCCACGAACGCCUAGUCAGCAACCUCGAGGUCACCUCCUUCGACCUCACUCCCGAGCAGGUGCAGCAGAUUGACGGCCUCAACAUCAACCUUCGCCUUAACGAUCCCCAGGACAUCCACCCUGGCCUUGGCGUCUUCGCA